AUGGCAUCAGCAAAGGACCCCGAGGUUGCCAGCGGACUGCUGAGUUCCAUGGAGAGCGAGUGCGACGCAAAGAAUCCGCCGCCUGAAGCUGGCACCGGACCGCGCCGUGUUUUCAUGGCCUCGGGCGCCUUGACUUUAUCCUUUGCCUGCGGUGCUUUGGCUGUCGCCUUCUUUCUGCGCUCGGAGCCCAAGACCGAAGCUGUCAUGGCCUCAAUGCCGAACGCGGACAUGGAUGACGCGCACAGGUGGAUGGAGGAUCCGGGUGUGGUGGAGAUGCCGACCAAGCGCGAUCUUGGGGAGCUGCUGAAAGCCAUCCAGGCACACUACCCGGAUGGUGGUGUCUUUGAGCACGUGAAGUAUCUCGACAUUGAUGGCAAGGACCCCGACAAUCUCAAGUAUGACUACAACAUGAAGGUCUUCAAGAAUGCCACGAAGGGCCCGGUGAAAAGGAUGCUCCAGGACGCGGACGUGGACGAUGUGGGGAAGAUCGACGUCGUCCGGCAGAUGCUUUGGGCCUUGUGUGGAAUCGACGCCGCCCAGAUCAUCUCCAGUAUCGGGCAGAUCGUCACGAACAUCCGCACCGUCACGCAAGCCUGCAAGAACCCCUACCCCUGGGAUGCCAACCAGCAGGACUUCUGCGCAGCCAUGGUCUCUCUCAACCUGGCAAUUUGGGGCUACAUCGCCAUCUACAUCGAAGACAUGGUCAGUGUUUGCGGCCCAACGUUCAAUGUCCAAGCUGGCUGUUCGAUCGACAUCACGGGGUUCCUGGCCAACGCGGCUUUAGUGGCGGCAGCUGGAGCAAACAUGAAGUCCAACUGCCUACCAAAGCACGGGUACUGGUCCGAGCGCCUCGACGGGGUCUUCCCAAAGAUCACUACGAACACCAAGCUAGAAGGCGUAAGGGCAUUCAGUGGCGUUUCUCAGAGCGUCCUUGACAAAGUCAAUAAAGAGAUUCGAGAGACGAAAAUGGCGCGAAUCAGGGUGAAUGACCGGAUGCGGUCUGAAUCCUCCGUCGGCCGUGGGUUCCGUCGCCUGGCUGAGGUGACGGCAGAUCUUGCGACGCUUCCGGCAGACCCUGCUGCGUCGGCUGAAGCUCAUGCCAGAGAGGAGGUCGGCUCAAUCCAGGAAGGUGCGAUGAGCGCCCUGUCACAUGUCGCGGAAGCCGCUAGUGAUGACAACAAGGAGUUUGUCGACGAGAAGGCUAAGGAGGCUGCCGACAGGCUGGGGCUUGACUACGAGACGUACCACGACCUCCACAAGAAGGACACAGAGAGGACGUGGAAAAAGGUGCAGUGCGGAUUCGAUCUAAGCAAAGCCGUCGCACGCUUUGCGCAGAUGGGCACCUUGAUUGCCUUGUCCACCAAGGACUGCGGUGCUCACAACUUCGAGGUGAACGGGCACCAAGGCAAGACGAAGUGCACCAUUGACGUCACGGGAGCCAUCGCUUCCGCAGGAAUUGCCUCGAGCAUGAUCACCCUCAGUGUCAUCAAUUGCCCGGGUGCACUCGACUACACCAGGGCUAUGUCGGAACGCUUGUGUGCAGCUUCCAUCAUUGACCUGGUGUCGGCCGCCACCUACAUUGGUACCUCUAUUGCAAGCGUGCAAAGCACAUGCGGCUCUCUGGAUCAUUACCCUGGAGUUCCUGGCACCUAA